AUGAGUAUCGCACUUCUUGGUUUGGCAGCCUGCAUGGUGCUCACAAGUCUAGCCAUGUUGAAAAACAUGCUUACACAAAAACUUGGCUCUUUAAGGGAUCCGUUGCAAGUCUACAAUACACUCCAGAGCAUUGAUGUGUUACCACUUCGAAUGCGAGGCUGGAUCUUUUCAACUAUCGUUGGUUUUGCCAAUCCAUAUGCUCGUACUAUUAAUUUCCGCAUCACAGAGCUGCGCAAGGGUAAAGCUUGUGGUGUCAUGAAGGAGACAAAAACAAUCUCUAAUCCCUUCAGGUGCGUUCAUGCAGCUGCUCUUAUCACCUUUGGAGAAACAGUUGGAGGGCUUGCACUCUUUACACUGCUCGGUAAAAAAGAUCGAGCCAUCCUUACUAACAUUACUGCUGAGUAUAUCAAAGUAUCUCGAGGAUUGCUAACUGCAAGCUCAAUUGUCACACCAAUUAAGGAUCGCGAUGCAACUGAAAUUACGACACAUGUAUUGAUCAAGGAUGCUUCCUUUGAAACCGUUUCCAAACUUACCCUCACUUGGAAAGUAGAUCUUAAGGAUUAA